CGGUUUGAAUUUUUUUAAAUGUUUCUUCCCAGUUAUGGUGGACGCGGCAGCUUCCAUGGCUUCGCCGGCGCCUGGGGCAGCCGCGGAGCUUUCCGCGCGCGCACAGUAAGUAGUCGCGGCUGAGGGGGGCGGAGGCGAGGCUCUUCUCCUUUCCCGUGUUUUAUCGUGGGCCUUAAAAUCUGAAGGGAUGUAGGAGGUGGGCUACGGGGGGGAGGGGGCGGGGUAAAUUGCACUUUGCACAUGCACAGAGGCUGUGGCAGUGAGAUUCCGCGCUGCCUGUGCGUGUUUUCUUUCAUGGCUUUGAAGCUUGUUUGGGGAAAGGUGAGGGGACCAUCCUCCUCCCUCUCUUACUCUGAACCCAGAGGCUGCCUCACCUGCAAGGGAAUGUCAGGAAAUAUCUCCUCCACCAACCCCAAGAAUAUUCAGCAAAAUGGUACCCUCAGUUUUGCUGCCUGGAAGUAAGGUGGUUUGGGGUUUUUUUUUAUGAAGGUGUAUUUUGUCUAGCUUCCUUUGCUCCAUGGUCAAAGCAACUACUCUAUUCUGAACUUUAAAAUGGAAAGUGUAAUGCUGGUGGUCAACAAAAGAGGUUUAAAGACUGUCUCAAGGCAAAUUUAAAAAAUGUAGUAUAAACACGGACAACUGGGAAAUAUUGGCCUGCGAGCGCUCCAGUUGGAGAACAGCCUUUCUAGUAGGUCUGUCUGUCUAUGUAGCAAGGGCAAAAGUGGACAGUGCAUUAUAGUGCCAGCAAUGCCAAGGUUGUUUUUGUUAAAAAAAAUAAACAUUUGUUCACUUGCACUUUAGUGCAAAAUUGUGGGAGGGUUCAAAUUAAGGGGGGGGAAAGCUAUUGAAAAGUAAUGGAGGAAGGAACCAUCAAGCUUUAUGCUACUACUGUAUUUUGUAAAAUAAUAAUAAUUCUCCACUUGGAAAUCUCAGUAUGUAAUGGCUGCAAUCCUAAGUAGGUAAAGGUAAAGGUACACCUGACCGUUAGGUCCAGUCACAGACGACUCUGGGGUUGCGCGCUGAUCUCGCUCUAUAGGCUGAGGGAGCCGGCGUUUGUCCGCAGACAGCUUCCGGGUCAUGUGGCCAGCAUGACUAAGCCACUUCUGGCAAACCAGAGCAGCUCACGGAAACACUGUUUACCUUCCCACCAGAGUGGUACCUAUUUAUCUACUUGCACUUGAUGUGCUUUCGAACUGCUAGGUGGGCAGGAGCAGGGACUGAGCAACGGGAGCUCACCCCGUCGCGGAGAUUCGAACUGCCAACCUUCUGAUCGGCAAGCUCUAGACUCUGUGGUUUAAAUCACUGCGGCACCUGCGUCUGGUGGCAAUCCUAAAUGUCAUGGGUCAAAGAGUGUGAUAAAAUACUUUAAUGGUAAGAGUUGUCAAGCAACAGGUGAUUGAUUUAGCCCACCCCUUCAAUUAAAGAAAGAAAUCCCCUAGCAGGUACCAGGAGGCACAUAGUGACAGUUCCAUACAGGCCUAGCUACAGAUUAUUAUUGAUAAUAUUUGUGUGCUACCCUUCAUCCAAAUAUCUGAGGGUGGUUCACAGCAUAAAGAUGACAUUCUAGAGCUUCAGUGCCAACUGAAAAGGUUGAGUAUACUGAGCGCAUGUUUUCACUUUCAUUCAGAGCCAGUUUCAGGUUUUUGAAGGCUGACAGCACGUCUGUUUAGGUUGGUGGAUACUGGUGGCCCUCCCUUACCUUGACAGUUUGGAGCCACCAAUUUAGCCCUAGUUUGUGGCAAGGGGAGGGGGAAGAAAUCAGGCACAUGUAUCUUUGAAGGGUUCUGUGAAAGCACUGUGGGAUACAGUGCCAGAUCCAUUCAAAUACUGCUAAACUGCCAUAUUGUGUUAAAUACUGAUAUGAUGCUGUCUGCUUUGUUUCACAGAAUGUUUGAAACUCUCAUACAGAACUACAGCGGUGAUGACCCACUUGAUCCUUGGUAUAGGUUAGUCUUUCCUCUGACUGCCCUCUAUCUUUUCUAGAUUUAUUCAAGUUAUUUUAUAACCACGAACAAAAAAGUACAGUGGUACCUCUGAAUGCGAAUGGGAUCCGUUCCGGAGCCCCGUUCAUAUCCAGAAGCGAACGCAACCUGCGUCUGCACGGGUCGCGAUUUGCUGCUUCUGCGCAUGACGUCAUUUUGAGCGCGAGUGGCGAAACCCGGAAGUAACGCGCUCCGUUAGUUCCGGGUCGCCACAGUGCGCAACCCGAAAAUACUUAUCCCGAAGCUACUUCAGCCCGAGGUAUGACUGUACUAACAAAAAAGACCAAGUACUCCAACUAAAGCUAAAUAAUAACACCCAAUCUAAAAUAAAUGACAACCACAUUUCUCUAAAUGGAGAGCAGAGAGAUGCCUGUAUAUCUGAAACUAAACCAUAUGAAAUAAAACCCCUCCAUAAUGAUUAGAAAUGAUCAAGAUAUGCUUGCCCCUUAGAGACCUGUAGUUUGUGUUAGUUUUUUUGCAAUAACUGAAUUCCAAAGGUUUUUAUAUCAUAAGGAUGCAGUCAGAUUUUUAAAAAAUGCUUUCCACUGUUUUGCUAUAGAGAUCCUGGCAGCUGGCAGCAUCCGUGUUAACAGCUCCUUUUGGUGAAAUGUCUUCAUAGUGUCUGGCCGCAUAUUUAGUAGGGAUUCUAACUAUACUGUAAGGCAGCCUUUCCCAUCCUUGGGUGUCCAGCUGUUUUUCAGCUACCUUUUCCAUUAUCCUGUCAAGGAGUGUGGUGGAGUCUCCUUCUUUGGAGGUCUUUAAGCAGAGGCUUGACAACCAUAUGUCAGGAGUGCUCUGAUGGUGUUUCCUGCUUGGCAGGGGGUUGGACUCGAUGGCCCUUGUGGUCUCUUCCAAUUCUAUGAUUCUAUGAUCCCUGGUAAUUGGCCAUGCUGGCUGGGGCAGAUGGGAGCUGUAGUUCGACAACAUCUGGGGAUCCAAGAUUGGGAAACGCUGCUGUAAGACAUACAAUUGAUCAGCUCCUCUUUUUAGGUAUUUUCAGUGGGUUGAAGGUGUAUCGGGAGUAGAAGGGAGACAAAAGCACCUGCUGUACUUGCUGGAGCGGCUUGUGAAAAUAUUUUUAAGUGACCAGAGGUACCAGCACGACGCAAGAUUCAUCAACUGCUGUGUGACGUUUGUACGUAUACAGAAUAGAUGCACAAUUUAUUAAAACUUUGCACAUGCUGAACAGUAAAUUGUUUUUAAGUUUUUGUUUUGGAUUGAUGUAAGUAGCCUUAAAUUAUAUAAUUAUAAGUUGGGAUAUAAUUAUGUUUGCAUUAAAAGAAUCUAAAUUAUUGUACCUUUGGAUUGUGUAAUGUUUAAUCUGAUGUUUAUUGAUGUUCAGUGGAAGUCCUGUUUAUCUGGUUAGUUAGCAAUUAAAAGGAAUGUCAGAGUGUGGGGGUAUCUUUUAGUGCAGGGGUGCGUAUCCUGUCACCUUCCAGAUGAUGCUGGACUCCAAUUCCUUUGCCCUGACCAUUGUCAAAGCUGGCUAGCGUUGAUGGAAAUUUGAGUCCAGCAACAUCUCUAGGGCUGAACAUUCACCAUCCUUCUUUGGAUGGCAACCUGGAGACCCCCUGACCCCCUCAUCCUCUCCAAUCUCCUGUGAUGUGUCACAAGUGUUUUCUUCUGUGUGAAUCAAGACACAAUCAAAGUUUUACUUGGCCCUUUACUAUAACCAAGCCCAAGCAGAUAGCUCUUGUACCACACAUUCUGCUGCACGCCUGCUCUGAAUAUGUAGCAAAACUCUCCUUUUAGCCCGUGAAGCUGCUUUUUACUAAGUCACAUCAUCAGGGAAGGUUCGGAGCUCAAUAGCAGAGCAUCUGAUUUGUAUGCAAGAAGUCCCAGAUUCAGUCCCUGGCAUCUCCAGGUAAGACCGGAAAGAAUUCCUGCAUCAUCAUCAUCAUCAUAAUUUUAUUAUUUAUACCCUGCCCAUCUGGCUCCUCUGUCAUGUAUGCUCUAACUGGGAUUCCUGCAUUGCAGGGGGUUGGACUAGAUGACCCUCAGGAUCCCUUCCAAAUCUACAAUUCAAUGAUUCUAUGAAGCCCUGCAGAAUCGCUGCCAGUCAGGGUAGCCAGUGCUGAGCUAGAUGGACUUGGUAUAAGGCAAUUUCCUUUUUCUAUUGGUCCAUCUCAUUAUUGUCCAUUCAUGCCAUUUAAAAAAAUAGUGAUAUGGUUGCAAAGUAGUCUGCUUUUGCUGGCAGCAGCUCUCCAGACUUUCUGACAGGGAUCUUUCUCCACACCUGCUGACAGAGAUCUUUUUAACCAGACAUACCGGGAAAUGAACUGGAUACCUUCUUCCACUUGGCCAGGUGAUAGAGAUGGCCUUGUCUGCAGGGCUUGGAGUUCUCCCACUCUGUACUUCAACUACUGAUGCCGAUUCCUUGGCUUGUACAAGGGAGUGAGCAGCUGAGGUGUAGAAUGGACAAGAAGAGAUUGAAGAGCCCUUUACUCUCUUCUUGGUUCAUGUGGUCAUGAAUCAAUGAGUGGCCUUUCGGUCACUUAUGCUCAAUUCAAAAUUGAACUAGUUGCCACCCAGAUGAGUAGCUUGUCUUGAAAGAUGUUUUCACACUCAUAGAAAGCUAGUUUGCAAAUAGCGAUGGUAGUGUUGGUUGUUUUCUUGUCCUUGCUUUUAUAAUGGAACAUUAUUGUUACUAAGCUGACUUCACUUUCUUUUAAAUGAAUGUUAAUGUGCAUAUGUCUAUAUCUCCUCUAGGCCGACUUCAUCGAUAAGCCGAGCAAUUUUUUUGACUAUUUGUGCAGCCAAGGGGUUGGUAGCAAAUCAUCUCUUCUGUAUUGUGCUUGGGCUCAGAAGCUUGGCAUGCAAGGAAAUAUAUCUCAUGCAAGUGCUGUUAUUCAAAUGGGUAUUCACAAUGGAGCAGAACCAAUUGAGAAGCUGCAUCAACAGUACAGGUAUGUCUAUAUUUGGUCUGUGAUUGACAAACUGAUUUUGUAAAGACAGUGGAGUCCAAGCAAAGAACCUCUAGUUGGGGCAGAAUGUGCCCCUCCAGGUCUUUUUGUUUGGCCCCUUGGCCCCCUUCCCAGGCCACACCUAUCCCAGCUCCUGGGGGUGGCUUUUGAUGGGCGGAUCAGAGGAAAAGUGGGUAGAGCAGCAAACAUAAAUUUUACCUGCUCUGUAGACUAGGUUCGACACCCAUUCAGACACCCCUCUAUGCUCCAUCCAAGAAAGCAAGGGGCAUCACAGUUUGGGUACACAUUCCAACCAGGCAAAAGGAGGGCCAUGAGUUGGGGGAAAAGGGUAGGGCCUGAUUAUAGUUCUGAGGCCUAGAUAGAGAGGACUUUUGAGGCUGCAUUUGGCCCCCUGGGCCUGAAGUUCCCCACCCCUGUUGCGGAGGAAAGUUAUUGUUGUUGUUGUUGUUGUUGUUAUUUAUACCCGCCCUUCCCGGCCACAGCUGGGCUCAGGGUGGCUAACACCAGUAAAAUUGCAAUAAAAAUGUAAUAGGGAAGGGAAAAAAACCCAAUUUAAAAUACAGGUUAAAAUACAAUUUAAAAUGCAGCUUCAUAGAUCAAAACCAUAAGGGUCAGACUGAGUCCAAACGAAAGGCCAGGCGGAACAGCUCUGUCUGGCAGGCCCUGCGGAAAGAUGUCAAAUCCUGCAGGGCCCUAGUCUCUUGUGACAGAGCGUAUAUAGGUGUAUGCUGAGAUUUUUUCAAGCCUCAGGUGUUGUCUGAUUAAGCUUGAGCUGGAAAACUUGGAAUUACAGAUUCAAAGACCAUAUGUGCUUCUUUGUAAAAAACAAAACAAAAAAAAGCUGCAUCUCUUGACAGUGGUGAGGCUGAAAAUGAAGCUUAAGAGUUAAAGGCUUUCAAACUCUAAUUGGCACGUGAGGUAUGUGUUGUGCUUGGUGAUAACGAGAGUAUGUAGGCGAUUAGGGAAUAAUUUCAUCGUGACCAACUUUAGAAAACUGCUGUUGUGUGGCCUGCUUUUAAGCUGUCUUUGCUGUGAUCUUUAAACUUUGACUCGAGCUUUUAAAUUAAAUCUUACUUAAUACAGAAGUAUUUGACUUCUUAACCUUCCAUCGCCAAUGCUAGUUACGGUCUCUUCUCUUCAACCUAGAUUUUUGCAGAGUUGCUUACCUCAGAAUCAAAUUUCAAAUCAUGGUAGGUUUCCUUUCUGCACUUUCAAUGUAAUAAUCUUACGACUUGCUUUUUAAAAAUUUCAUUUAGCAAUGUCAGAAUUCCUGAAAAUAAACUUGAGGGUCACACCCUUCAAAGAGGGAACUGAAAUGAUGCUAAUGUAAAACCUUUGUGUCUCUGCCUGAUGGCACCGCACCUUGUGGCAUUGUCUCCAAGGACUCUUGGAAAUCUUAACAAUCUACUGGCUCUGUAUAGGGAGGAACUGAUGGGUGGCUGUCCUCUGAAACAGAUGGAUUUUUCUCUUGUGAACGAAGAGAGUUUGCUGUGAACAAGUAGACAGGAUUGCAACAAACUGAACUCAUAUGUGUGUUCAAGGGCAGAGGAACACAGAAAGCUCCUUUAUGCUGACCCAGGCCACUGGUCCAUCCAGUAUAGUAUUGUCUGCACUGACUGCUAGCAGCUAUCCAGGAAUUCAGAUGGAGUUCUGUCCCAUUACUAACUGGAGAUGCUGAGUAUUGAACCUACCUACCUGCAAAGCAGAUGAUGUAACACUGAGCUGUAGUCCUUCCAUACACUUGCUGAGGUAUCAUGUUUGCGGACAGAACUGGACUAGGACGCAUGUUUUGGACUGGAGAAAAAGUACAGUGGUACCUCGGGUUAAGUACUUAAUUCGUUCCGGAGGUCCAUUCUUAACAUGAAGCACCACUUUAGCUAAUGGGGCCUCCUGCUGCUGCACCACCGGAGCACGAUUUCUGUUCUCAUCCUGAAGCAAAGUUCUUAACCCGAGGUAUUAUUUCUGGGUUAGCGGAGUCUGUGACCUGAAGCGUAUGUAACCUGAGGUACCACUGUACAUUCUAUUCUAGCCUGUUUUUUUGCCUUCAGCCAAGUAGUCAGUGAAAGAGAUAAGAUUGUAAUCUAAAUAUCUACUUGUUUGAAGUGGUAUUGCUGUUCUGGUGCAUUCUACACUGAAGGCUUUUAAUGCAGAGAAACAGACCAGGUUCUAGAAUCCAGUCAUCAUCUUGUGGAAGUAGUCUUAGAUCAGGAAUGGGGAAUCUGUGGACCUGGAUGUUCUUGGACUAUAGCUCUCACCAUCCCUGAUAAUUAGCUGUGCUGGCUCAGGCUGUUAGGAGUUGGAGCUUGAGAUCAACUGGAAGGCUACAGGUUCCCCAUCCCUUCUUUUAUAUGUGAACUGUCUUUAAUGAUCAGCAUCCAUUCUUGGUUUCUCUCAUGGUAUUUUUUCCUCCUGUAGUUGGUGUUCUGCAGCCUCUUAAUCCCCAAAUGUCAAAUCAGAUGGCUCCUAAAGAAGGCCCAGUCUGUGCUAAUCAAAAUCAGGUACAGUAGAACCUCAACUUGUUACGUGAUUGCAGCUUUGAACAGGUGGCAGGAAUAUAAGUGGAGAAUGGGGGAAACAGUUGGAAGAGGCUGUCUUGUAAUAUCUCCUGAAGGCCCCAUUAAAUCUCACAUGACCUUCCCAGGGCCCAUUAAGCAAGGCAGAGGGCUUAAAAAAACUCUUUCCAAACUAGGUUUUCCUGCCACAGAAAAUUUUUAAACCCUCUGCCUUGCUUACUUGGCUCUGGGAAGGUCACAUGAGGCCUCUGUUUAUUAUUGUUAUUUAUUAAAUUUGUAUCUUCUUCCGCUGCCCUGUUCCUUGUCUUUUCAGCCCUGUGCUAAAAGAAUCCUCAAACUGAAUUUCCUCUCCUAUUUUCUAGAAUCCAGCCAAUUCUGAACAACAGCCCAUCAUCUGUAGGGAACAAGAAAAAAUGUAAGUAACUGUAAGUUACAUUCGCAACUUGAAUGUCCAUGCUUAAAUGGCUUGGGUCAUGCAUACUUGAAUGUGCAUCUUUGCCCUGCCUCUUGAGUCCAGGGGGAAACUCUGCUUUCCCUGCUAAGCAUUACCUAGUUAGAAAGAGUAAAGCUGCUUUUUUUCAUUGGUAGCACUCACUCUGUAAUACAUUUCCAAAGGAGAUCUGCCUUGUUCCUGCCCUAAUUUCUUAUUGACAUUUUACCUCAUUUUUACCCUAACAUUUGGUAAGGGAGCGGGUUACAAGGUACUGCCCUUUAUCAUCACAACCAAUCCCAAUUCAUUUUUUAACUUGAUUUGUGUUUUUGUUAAACACAAAGGCCUCUUUGCUUAGGAUGGUGCCUCUUUUGGUUUUUCAAAUGAUAGGAGAUCUCCAUUCAAUGAAAGUUUGCACUGGAGCAGCUGUCAGAGCCCCUUCCUUAUGGGUCUUCAGAGCAGUCCCUGCUCGCUCGUACAGCAUGAGCAGGAACUACUCUGAAGGUUGCUGACGAAUAGAGUAACUAGUUGGGAAAGUAAAGGCAGCACCCCAAAAAAAUAGCUGGGGAGGAGGGUGGGGGAAGUCCAGCCUGGCAAGGCAAUGGCCUUUCAGGCAAAGGAGCCGUCUCUGAGCAGUGGAUUUCUCCGUCAGCUAUUUCCAAGGUUCAGUCUUCAUUUCCCCCCUAUGGCCAGUCUUGCCAAUGAAGGCAGCACUGUCUCCAUUCAUUUACAUGGGGCCGGGGUGGGAAAUAACAUCUCUGAAAAUACCUAUAUUGGGCCUAUCACAGUUCUAAUACUCUAUGGAGUUCUGGAAUUUCAGGGCCAGCCUAUUUUGUUUUAGACAGCACUGGGGAAGGCUUGUUUUCCUUGUAGGUCUGAAAGUUGCAACUUGCUUUGGUAUUUGGGCUUUCUUCAAAGUGAAUGCACAUUUCUAGUAGGCUAGAUUGAAGAAGGGGAGAGGCAAACCCAAGAGCACCCUAUGAACAUCUCCCUUCUCAAAAGACUCUUUUGGCAUUUGAAUUGGUGUUGUCUAGAGGCUGGCGCUGUUAAUCACAGAUUGGUUGUUGGUAUUGCCAUUUGUUGGCUUCAUGAUAGGAUUGGGUGUUGCUUGUUUGUGUUUAAAUGGUCCCUCUUGUUCGGAGUGUUGCAUGCUGUUUUGGGUGCCCUUGGGCAGAGACUCUGCCAAUAGUUGCUGUAAAGAACUUGCCACUUCUUUUCCUCCACAGGGAACAGCCUAGAUAUGUCACCACUAUUUCCAGGUCAGAAAUCCUACCGACUCCAUCCAAUCCUAACCUUGAGCAGAAGGUCAUGUACGACAAGAACCUUCUCUUCUGUGAAGGUUCUGAAUUGUGCUUUGAAGAAGUCAGAGCCAAUGCACAUUUUAAAAAGGCUGAGCAGCUGAAAAGGAACAAAAAAUGGGGUAAUUACAAGUUAAGACCUCCAGCUAAUCUUCUCCAGAGUUGCAAGACAUUUUAAAAUCAGACAAAACAUGCAGCUAUGCUAAACUGGACCCAGGCUAAACUAGUUGGACUUUGUGUCACAUUGAAAUAAAUGGGACAUAAUUUUCACAUUGAUGAUCUUAGUAAUAGCCGAAAACACAGUGGCAGUGGGAAGCUAACCAUUACAAGACGUGUCCCUUCCAGAUUUUCCUAAAAGUUCUCAGAUAUGGCAACUUAUCCAAAGUAACUCAUUCAGUUUUUGUGUGUAGAUGUAUCCUAUAUCCUUGGAGACCCUAACAUAUUCAGAAUUAACAAGAAUUUUUGACACCUUGUCUAUCAUGCUGGCUUCUGUCCUGGCCUCUGUCUACCUUUUCCUGUUUUUUCAGAGUUGCUAAGUUUCCUUUUAUAAUAGCUGUUAACAAUAACCAAAGAGGAAGUGGGAGAGAGAUAGUGCCUCCCUCCAAACUAAAAAAAUAUUCAUAUAGAUGCUUUGCUUUCUGCAAUAUGGCAUUUGACAUUCCAGAGGAUGAUGAGAAAGAAUUUUUGAAGAAGAAGGAAAAUGACCUUCUUGAGCUGCAGAAACUACAGCAGAGGCUAGAUCAGCUCUCCCAGACAUCAUCAUCAUCAUCCCAGAAAACUGCAGCGCAGCCAUCUACUUGGCAAUCCCGUCAAAGCUCCACAGUGGUAUGUAUGUUUGAAUAUUCAUUCUCUGUGUUGUUAACAUCAAAAUGUUACUUGGUUGAAAAAUAUGCUUUGAAAGUGCUGACUUCCUUGCCUCUCUCACCCUUGGGGAGCAGCAGAGACUCCACCCCAGGACCCAUAGCUGCCCCCCUCCUCAUUAACGGCUCUACUGAGAUAACCCGGCCAUAUUUCUUUGUGCCAGUUAAGACUAAGCAACAGCAUCCUCAAGACACUGUUAAAACACAGCUCAUGAAUGAGUUAUCUCCUGCUUGGACUACUGCAAUGUGCUCUAUGUGGGGCUACCUUUGAAGGUGACCCGGAAACUGCAAUUAAUCCAGAAUGUGGCAGCUAGACUGGUGACUGGGAGUGGCUGCCGAGACUACAUAACACCGGUCCUGAGAGAUCUGCAUUGGCUGCCAGUAUGUUUCUGAGCACAAUUCAAAGUGUUGGUGCUGACCUUUGAAUUGGCCUCGGUCCUGUAUACCUGAAGGAGCGUCUCCACCCUCAUCGUUCAGCCCGGACACUGCGAUCCAGCACCGAGGGCCUUCAGGCAGUUCCCUCAUUGCGAGAAGUGAGGUUACAGGGAACCAGACAGAGGACCUUCUCGGUAGUGGCACCCGCCCUGUGGAAUGCCCUCCCUUCAGAUGUGAAGGAAAUAAGCAGCUAUCUUCUCUUUAAAAGACAUCUGAAGGCAGCCUUGUUUAGGGAAGUUUUUAAUAUUUAAUGCUGUAUUGUUUUUAACACUCAAUUGGGAGCCGCCCAGAGUGGCUGGGGAAACUCAGCCAGAUGGGCGGGGUAUAAAUAAUAAAUUAUUAUUAUUAUUAUUAUUAUUAUUAUUAUUAUUAUUGAUUGAAGGGAUAAACUGCAAAAACGUGUACCUAAAGGUAUUUUCAGUAGUUGCUCUCCAACUCUAAGCCUAUAUAAGCUUUCCAAAAUCCAAGUCAGGUUGUUUUUCAGGAGCUGUGCGUAUUUGUUAUUUAGUGAAUAUAUUACUUUACAGGGUUGGCCCACUAGCCAGUCUCGCCUAGUAUUGGGAGCAGCGACUCUCCAAGUUCUUCCCACAAUCUCUGCUUGAGUUGAAAAUAGUAUCUGAGACCUUCUCCAAGCCAAAGCACUGUGCUGUAGCCCUGGCUCCUUUGGUUAGACAGUGGGUUUUAUUUCAUUUGGGCUGGUGGGGGAAGCUAACAUGGUACCCUGCAGAUGAUUGUUGGACUAUAGCUCCCAUUAGCCACAGCCAGUGGACAGGGGUGUUGGGAGUUAUAGUACAACAGCAUCUAGAAGGCACAGUAUUGGCCACAUCUGGCCUCAAGUCAAUAGGAUAGGAAUGAGGAACCAGUCUCACCCAUCAUCCGUAUCUUAUUUCCCAUGCUGACUGGGGCUGAUGGACAAUGAUACCUAUUGGUCCUGCAAAAGAUGGUAUUGUUUGAAUUGCCUAAUCUUCAAAACUUUUAUGUCCUUCCUGUGUUAAAACACAUUUCCACCCAAAGUCUUCAGGGCAUGAUGGGAAGCAGAUUUAAAUUGAUAAAAAAUUCCUUAAAGCUUUAAAUCCAUUAUAAGUUUUUAAAAAUAUGCACAAUUUUCAUACUAACACUUCUGUCUUGAAAUGCCAUAGGUUGCUGGACAGGGUCAGAAAUGCAUUAAAACAUUGUGUAAGAUUCUCCUUGCCUGAAUGUUGUUUUUCUUCACUCUUUUAGGGUGACCCAUACGUACAAACCUGUGCAGCUCAGGGUCAGCCAGAGUGGGCAGUACCUUCGCUAGCUGGAUAUCUACAAAAGUCUUUGAAUUUGGGGACAGAACAUCAGCGUUUGGCAUCAGGUGCUUCGCAGCUGGUAGGAAAUCGGCAGCAAAUAUCCGUUUCUGAUGAGAUUUCGGUGGGUGGUGCUUCAGCUACACGACCAGUCGGGAAUUUCCGGCAACAACCAGCCCUGAUUUCUACAUCAACCAUACCCAGCGGAAAGGCUGCAUCCAAAGCAAAACUCGAUCUUGAAGAUUGUGAGAAUAGUCUGCACAGAUUUCAAGUCAGCUCUGAUGAUCAGCCGCCCCAGAAACGUACUAUCCUCUCCAAUGUUUACCAUCAUGGAGAGCAGUAAGUGAAAACUAGGCCUCUUAACGCCUGUCUCCAUUUCUCGCCCGCCCUCCCCAGUUUUUCUUUUGACUAGGUGAGGGGAACUUGGGAGUGCGUCCUUGAGGGGGAUUAUUUGGGAAGACAUCCUAUGGCAGGCAGAGGCAAACUCGGCCCACCAGAUGUUUGGGGACUACAGUACCCAUCACCCCUAGCUAACAGGACCAGUAGUCAGGGAUGAUGGGAAUUGUAGUCUCAAAACAUCUGGAGGGCUGAGUUUGCCUAUAAUAAUAAUUUUUAUUUAUACCCCGCCCUCCUCAGCCAAGGCUGGGCUCAGGGCGGCUAACAACCAAUAAUAAAAACGAGUUGAAUGAAUACAACUUAAAAGCAAGAUUAAAAUACAACAUUAAAACAAUUAAAAUGCAGCCUCAUCACAGGAGGAGAAAGGAAAAAGAAAGAGGGGGAGGGUAUCAAAUUGACUCCAAGCCAAAGGCCAGGCGGAACAACUCUGUCUUACAGGCCCUGCGGAAAGAAAUCAGAUUCUGCAGGGCCCUGGUCUCAUGAGACAGAGCAUUCCACCAGGCCAGAGCCAGUGUUGAAAAAGCCCUGGCUCUGGUUGAGGCUAAUCUAACUUCCUUAGGGCCGGGGACCUCUAGGAUGCUGCUAUUUAUGGACGUUAAGGUCCUCCAUGGGGCAUACCGGGAGAAGCGGUGCUAUGGCAUUUUUGGGCAGACCUAAAACCACCCUGCUCCUUUUCAACAGAUGGCUCUGUCAUAAUUUUUAAAAGAAAGCCAUUCACUUCCUUUCACCCAUCUCUCAUUUUGAGCACUCACUCAAAUAUGUUGUUGAUAUUUUACUACCUGUUUUUGACCUUGUAAGAAUUAGGUUGCCUUUAACCGAUACCGGAGAACUUAACACAUUGGCUUUUCUGUGCAGGCACUUGGAUACAUCUCAUCAGAAACCGCAACACCCCGCAGAAAUGAGAGAUGGUAAUAAUCUGCUCUCUUGCUCUCUUUGUAAUACUCUGUGAGCCCGCUAACAUAGCGGGCUAUUGAGCUAUACUCAAAAGUCUCCUACUUGCAAACCAUGUUUAUCUUACAGGCAGUGAGUGGUCUGUGGUUCCGCUGUGUUGAGGCUCCAUGAUAAAGUUGACUCCAACUACUGUAAGGGCUUCAUGGCCACGGAGCAAACAUGCUCAUGAGUCAUUGCAUAACACUGGAAAGCCCAGUAUCGUGUAGGACUAAGGACAGAAGGUUGCAGGUUCCAAUCCCCAUGUAGCCACGAAGCACAAUGGGUUGACACUGGGCCAGUCACAUCACCUAUUUUCAUGCAUGUUAUUAUUGCAUAGAGGAAGGGCAACUGGACCUCACGGCCCCAUCAGCAUCUCAUGCAGGCAGCAUACACUCAAACACAGACCCUGGCUGGUUUGCAGCUUAAGUUGAAUGUGAGAAAGAGCCACCUAAGUGUAUGCAGGCAACUAGGACUCUCUUGGGCAGGGACUCUGGUGCUCUGAAGCACCUACAAACGUGUGAAUACAUAAGCUCUCAUCACACCAAUGUUGGAAGGUGUGGCUGGCAUGGCAGCAUCAGUUGGGUGCCUGAUUCUGCCUCAUCCAUGUGAUGAUUGUAUCUCAGCUUCUAUCUCAGCUUAACUUACUUCAUUGGGUGGCUGUAAAGAUAGGAGUGGAAGAGAGGGGGAAGUCGGGGGUGGCAGGGAGAGAAGUAUUUUUUGCUUCCAUGAGCACUUUGGAGGAAGGGUGAGAUAAAAAAAAUAUAUUUUUUUUUUAUUAAGUUUCUUACAGAUAUAACAAAUAUCACAACAAAAGAAAAACAGGGGGAAAACCAAAAAGAAAAAAGGCAAGAUCACAAAUAUAAACAAAAAAGAGAGUAAAAACAAGGUACCGGUAAAUGCCUAAACAACCUAAACAACACAAAUUAAUUAAUUUAGACUUAUAAUAAUAAUAAAUUUUAUUUAUAUCCCGCCCUCCCCAGCUGAAGCCGGGCUCAGGGCAGCUAACAACAAUAAAAUAGUACAACAUUCUAAAAUCAUUCAUUAUAAAAUUAAUUCAAAUCAAAUUGAUGGCAACCAUUGGGCUAGAGUUCUGUGAGGAUUGGCAAAGGAGGGAGUCAGGCUGUGCCCUGGCCAAAGGCCUGGUGGAACAGCUCUGUCUUGCAGGCGCUGCGGAAAGAUGUCAACCUCAUAAACAUAUUUUGGUCUUCCUCUGAGCCCUCCCAUCUGAAUUUCAUUGUAAUUAAAAUGUAGCAGUUUUCUGAGACCAUUUUUAAAAAGCACAAUAUUCCAAUUAAAAUAAAAUUUCUUAACUUUCCUUAAAGUUCUAAAUCUUAUUUAUUUAAUUAACUCUUAAUUUAAUCAUAGACCUAUUUUGGUACUUUCAAGUAAUUUCUAAUUUUUAAUAUCACAGUAUUUAUUCAAAUAGUCCUUAAAUUUCUUCCACUCUUCUUGGUAUUCCUCUUCUUUUUGGUCAUGGAUUCUUCCAGUAAGGUCAGCCAACUCCAUAUAUUCCAUCAUUUUCGUCUGCCAUUCUUCCACAGUUGGUAGUUCUUGUGUUUUCCAUUUCUUGGCUAUUAAAAUUUGAGCAGCAGUUGUGGCAUACAAAAAUAACUUUACAUCUUUCUUGGGCAGUUCAGAACCUAUUAUUCCAAGGAGAAAGGCCUCUGGUUUUUUUAUAAAUGUAUAUUUCAACAUUUUUAAAAAUUCAUUAUAAAUCUUUUCCCAGAAGUCUCUCACCUUGGAACAUGUCCACCACACGUGAUAAAAGGUACCUUCCUUUUCUUUACAUUUCGAACAUAUAUUAUCACAACUGUGAUAAAUCUUAGCUAAUUUAACCGGAGUUAAAUACCAUCUAUACAUCAUUUUCAUUAUAUUUUCCUUUAACAUCGUACAUGCAGUAAAUUUUACCCCUUUCUUCCAUAGCCUCUCCCAAUCCUCCAUCAUUAUAUUAUGUCCUACAUCUUGUGCCCAAUCAAUCACAACCGAUUUAACUUGUUCAUCCUUUGUAUGCCACUCCAACAACAGAUUAUACAUUUUUAGACAUGUUUUUAACAUUAGUAUCUUAACAAUUCCGUCUCCAAUUUGGUUUUUUCUGUUGCAAAACCAUUUCUCUUAUCAAUCUUGAAUAAUUCAUUAAUUUGAUAGUAUUGAAGCCAAUUCACGUUGUCUUUAAUUUGUUCAAACAGUUUUAAUUUACAGCCUUCUCGGUCCUCUAUCAAUAAAUCAGAGUAUCUCAACCCUUUGUUUUCCAUAUUUAACUUUUUUUGGGCCUGUGCUUCCAUUGGAGAGAUCCAUUUGGGUGUUUUUCGUAGUAAAAGAUCUUUAUAUCUACUCCAAACAUUGUAUAGCGUUCUCCUAAUUAUAUGAUUCUUGAAACCACUAUAAUCCAAUCCCUCCAAAUCCAGGAAAUCUUCAUUGUCUAAUUGUAGUCUUUAAUCCAUCAGAAGGCCGCAGCUUCAAAACAUAUCUUCAAAUCUGGCAGGGAAAACCCCCCUCUUCCUCUCACAUCGGUAAGCAAUUUAUAUUUAAUUCUAGGUUUCUUCGUCUGCCAGAUAAACUUUGACAACUCCUUCUGCCAUUCUUUAAAACAUUUAAUAUUAUCAAUAAUUAGUAGAGUUUGAAACAAGAACAACAUUUUCAGCAGUACAUUCAUAUUAAUCACCAAUAUUCAGCCCAUAAGUGUGAGUUUUAGAUUUGUCCAUAUCUCUAAUUCUCUUUUAAUUUCAUUCCCUACUUUUACAUAAUUGUCCUUAUAUAAGUUCUUCGCCGUUAAAUUCACCCCUAAGUACUUAACUUUUUUCGAAAAGGUCAGGCCUGUCUUUUCAAUAAAAAUUCUCCUUUCCUCAUUGUCCAAUUUUUUUUCUAAAACUUUGGUUUUGCUCUUAUUUAAUUUGAAUCCUGCCACCUGCCCAAACUCCUGAAUCAUCUCCAGUGCUUUUAUUGCACUGGUUUCUGGAUCCUGUAAAGUUAAAACCAAAUAAUCAGCAAAGGCUUUUAAUUUAUACUGUUUGGAUCCUACUACAAUGCCCUUAACCUCCUCUUCUUUCCUCAACAUAUUUAGCAAAACCUCCAGAACCGAAAUAAAUAACAGAGGGGAGAGUGGACACCCUUGCCUGGUUCCUUUCUCAAUUCUAAUUUCCUCUGAUACCACAUUGUUAACAAUAAUUUUAGCUUUCUGCUCAGAAUAGAUCGCCUUGAUACAAUUUAAGAAUUCUUGACCAACCUCAAUUCUUUCUAAAUUUCUUUCCAUAAAAAGCCAAGAGAUAUUAUCAAAGGCCUUCUCCGCGUCAAUAAACAUUAAGAAAGCUUUACAAUUUCUUUUAGCUUCUAAUCUUUCCAAUAUAUCAAUUAAAUUCCUAAUAUCAUCUUUCAUGUGUCGUCCAGGCAGAAAUCCUGCCUGGUCCUUAUGAAUAUACUCUGUUAAGACCUUCUUCAAUCUAUUAGCCAGAAUAUUUGCAAAAAUUUUAUAAUCCACAUUAAGUAAUGAGAUUGGUCUGUAAUUUUUUUUUUUUUAAAUAAUUUUUUAUUAAGGUUUUAAACAAAGAAAAAAGAAAAACAACACACACAAAAAACAAUACAAAACUCAACAAUAAAAACACAAAACAUAACAAUUAAAAACAAACUCUCUUUUCCAUUUCCAACUUUAAAUUACUUAUUUUCUGGACUUCCUCAUACCUCCCUCUUUUGUAUUCCAAUCCACAUUAUUUAUCCAGCAGUUUCUUUUCCACUUUUUUAAUCCCAAUCUUUAAUUUAAUAAAAUGUUAAAAUAUAUAACUUCAACUUUUUAAAACCUAAUCCUUACUCUUAAUGUCAUAUAGCUUUAAAUUUUCACAUUUAUUAUCAAAUUUCCAUUUCAUUAAACAUCUUUAAUCUUAAUCUUUAAUCUUAAUCUAUCCUUAUCUUUAACCUGUACAGCUGGAAACCACUUAUUUUCAAUCCAACAUCACUCUAACAUUCCUUAAUUUUGCAGUGUUUCUGAAGAUAGUCUUUGAAUUUCUUCCAGUCUUCCUCCAUCGACUCUUCUCCCUGGUCACGGAUUCUGCCAGUCAUUUCCGCCAAUUCCAUAUAGUCCAUAAGUUUCAUCUGCCAUUCCUCCAGCGUGGGAAGUUCUUGUGUCUUCCAAUACUUUGCGAUGAGUAUUCUUGCUGCUGUUGUUGCAUACAUAAAGAAAGUUCUAUCCUUUUUUAACACCAUUUGGCCCACUAUGCCCAGGAGAAAGGCCUCUGGUUUCUUGGGAAAGGUAUACUUAAAUACCUUUUUAAUUCAUUAUAUAUCAUUUCCCAGAAAACCUUAAUCUUUGGGCACGUCCACCAAAGGUGAACAAGUGUACCUUCAGUUUCUUUACAUGUCCAAGAUUGGUUAUCGGGCAAGUGAUAAAUUUUCGCAAGCUUGACUGGGGUUAUGUACCACCUGUAUAUCAUUUUCAUAAUAUUCUCUCUUAAGGCAUUACAUGCCGUAAAUUUCAUACCUGUGGUCCAUAACUGUUCCCAGUCAGCAAACAUAAUGUUAUGUCCAACGUCCUGUGCCCAUUUAAUCAUAGCCGAUUUUACCGUUUCAUCUUGAGUAUUCCAUUUCAGCAGCAAGUUAUACAUUCUUGACAAAUUCUUAGUUUUGGGUUCUAACAAUUCUGUUUCUAAUUUGGAUCUUUCCACCUGGAAGCCAAUUUUCCUGUCCAAUUUAAAUGCCUCCAUUAUCUGAUAAUAAUGAAGCCAGUCUCGCACUGGUCUGUAAUUUUUAACAUCCGAUCUAUCAUGGUCUAAUUUCGGUAUCAGGGUAUAUGAGCAUCUUUCCAGGUUUCAGGUGCUUUCUCCUCUAAAAUCUUACCACACAUCUGCCAAUGGUUGAAUUAGCUAAUCUUUCAGAGUUUUGUAAUAUUUGACUGAUAACCAUCUGGUCCUGGGACUUUGCCUAGUUUCAUCUGAUUUAUAGCUGUCUCAACUUCCUGUCUAGUAAUCAAACCAUUGAAUAGGGUCUUUAUCUGUGGAAUUUUCUGCAUUUGUAUAAGAAAUUGCUCAAUUUAUCUUGUCUUCUUACCUUUUUGUACAGUUGUUUAAAAUAUUUCUGAAAACAUUUCCUUAUGUCUGCAGGGUUUCAACAGAUUUCCAUCAGAUACAAUAUUUGUAAUGUAUUCUGUUUCUGUCUCUUUAAUUGCCAGCCAACAAUUUUCCACACUUAUUUGUAGAUUCAAAGUUACAAGCCAUCCAAAUACAUUAUUAAAACCUUCCAAAUCCAAAUGUCAGUGUUUUCAGAAGUAGCCAUUCUUUCAACCAGCAAAAAGCUGCUGAUUCAUAAUAAAGUUUAAGGUCUGGCAGGGCAAAUCCACCUCUUUCUUUUGCAUCUGUUAAAAUUUUAAAUUUUAUUCUAGGUUUCUUGCCCUGCCAGACGAAUUUAGAAAGACAAAGACAAAUAGUCUGUAAGUCUUGAGUCCAAUUUUUUUUAAAAUUCCACUUUACCAUCAUUUGGUGCAUAGAUUCCCAAUAAAAGAAAUUUAUCGCCUUGUGCUGUAAUCUCAACAGCAAUGUAUCUCCUCUCCUCAUCCUUACAACAUCAACUUGGGGUUCCAUUUUUCUUUAACCUAGAAAAUCACACCUCUUUUUUUAACUUUGUCCAAUGAAAUAAAUUCCUGUCCAAGUUUCUUAUUCUGUAAAAUAUUUCUAUGAAGUCUAAUAACGUGUGUUUCCUGUAAACAGAUUACAUCCAAAUUCUGUCUUGCCAAAACGUGAUGAACUUGGCUCCUUUCUCGAGGAGAAUUUAAACCAUUCACAUUCCAGGAGCAAAAUUUUAAAGCCAUCCUGAUUUUUUUAGGGGCCUGCUGCCCCUGCCCCCAGUGAGGAAGGACUUUCCAAUCCCAGCUCUCUUACAUUUUUCUCCAGAAAUCUUUCUUUCUCUCCCACAGUUCUUAUUUGUUUUCUCCCUUGGAACAUGAAAGAGAGACCUUCUGGAAACUCCCACCUGAAAAAAAUAUUCUUUCUUCUUAAAUCAGUCGCCAAAUCUGUGUAGUUAUUUCUCAGGGCCAAGAAGUGUUUUGGGAUCUCUUUGAACAAGUUUAUCCCCUUCCCUUCUAUCUUUAGGGUUUUUUAAUAGUGGUGUCCUAAAAUGGUGUCUCUUUGUUCCUUUGUUUUAAAAAUGACCAUACAGUCAUGUGUAAUCUUGGAAUCCUUUUUCGGCCCAAAUCUAUAAGCCUUAUCAAUCCAGGAAUUUACAAAAAUACACUUAUGAACACAAUCCAAAAGAGAGCUGAAUUGUUGAAAGCAUGAAAUCUCUUACUACUUAACAAUUUGAAAAUACUGUAUGUGCCAGCUCUAGAUACAGUAGUCCCCAUGGUUGCAUCCGUACUAGUUACAAGCUCAAUUUGGGUUCCAAAUAUAACUUCAGUUCAUACAAUUCAUUUUAUCUUUACUUUGGGAUAAAAGCAUUUUAUCCUUUAUUGAGAUAUACACUACCCAUUCUGAAACCAAUGCAGGACACUAGAAAUUACAGCAUAAAUAUUUCUUUCGUUUUUCUUUUUAAGAGGAAUGCAGAUCUAUAAAGCACAGCAAAGUCUUCUUGCUACUUGUUCCAGUGUUAACUAUUGUGCCUCUUCGGUGGAAAUAAAGGAGCACAUGUGUAAUAAAGUCCAUUAACUUCAAAGCAUGUUUUCCACUGUCAAAUUCGUAUGUUGGUUUUCUUACUAUUUUAGCAUCGGGUGGUAGAAAUUCUUCCAUUUUCAACGACAACCGUCAUGCCACUCCAAACACAUCAAGUAUGACGCAAGCGACACCAUCUAAAAUACUUCCAUCUCCCACUGUUCACACUAAAGAGGCCCUGGGUAAGUAUAUGGUCCCUUCAAAACAGGAGUAUAAAACAUGUGUUUCCAUGUUGGCCGUGGGGAAGGGGAAGCCCUCUUCUCUGUGGCUGCUAGCCGCUGACCAGACUACAGUGGUACCUCAGGUUAAGUACUUAAUUCAUUUCAGAGGUCCGUUCUUAACCUGAAACUGUUCUUAACCUGAAGCACCACUUUAGCUAAUGAGGCCUCCUGCUGCUGCCACACGAUUUCUGUUCUCAUCCUGAAGCAAAGUUCUUAAUCCAAGGUACUAUUUCUGGGUUAGCAGAGUCUGUAACCUGAAGCGUCCUGUAACCUGAAGCGUAUGUAACCCGAGGUACCACUGUAGUUAAAAAUAUUGUCUUCAACGAAACAGACCAGUGGCAGAGGGAUAGAGUGAUCUGUUCCCCCAUUUCUGCCAGCCUUCUGGGUUUUUGUGCAGUUGUUGUUGUUGAGACUUUAAUUCUUCUGCAGUUAGCACUGAAAUCAAGUGGGCUAGUCAAACAGGGCUGGAGCUAUUCAUCCCUCUUUUGCCAGCCUGCUCAUUCACCUAUAUGGAAUUCUUGGUUACCUAUGGCUAUCAAGGUAAUACUUAAAACUAGUGCUUUUUUUCUGGGGGUACGCAGGGGUACACAUACCCCUAAACAUUUUGGGAAUCUUUUUACUUUUGUCCAUUUACUGCAUUUUUUCUCCCCAAUUUGAACUAUGAAAUGGUAAUUUUCUUGAGUCAAAAUGAGAGUACCCCUAAACAUUUUUAAAGGAAAAAGAAAGCACUGCUUAAAACAAGGCUGUGCAUAUGAUUGGCUUUAGGAAACUGACAUUUCCAGCAGUUACGUCCUAUUGCAUUUCCCUAGAAUGGAGGUGUGAAAUGUCAAUUAAUACAUAAUAUUAAAAAGAUUCUCCAGAAGGUUACAGAAAUCAACCAACGGCAGCUCAGUUUUGAAUAUAUAUUUCUGCAUUUGUUCUGAGAAAAGGACAAAAGCUAACAUCCAGCAAAGUUUAUAUCUUCUCUGGAGGCACAUCUUUGGGUCAGUUUGCCUGGGGUCUUGAGCCUAGUUAACAUGUGCAUGCCUCUUUAGUAGGGCAGAAGCUGGGACUGUGUGAAUGCAAAGGGAUGGUCUUGACUACUGAGCUAAGAUAGUUUCUUCGCUGCAGAAUGCAGGUAGCAAUCCUCUUGUUGCUCACGACGAGCUAUAUUCUUGACUAAAUGUAUCCGGGGUUGGCUUUUUUUAAAACCUGGCAUCUGUUUUUAAUUUUUCUUCUUCCUUUGCUAGGAUUUAUCAUGGAUGUUUUCCAAGCAUCUUCCUUCAAAGAUACUACUAUACUUUCAGAAGAUGAAGAUGAGUUUGAAGCCUACUGUAGAAAUAACGGUAUAUAUGUCUAUAGAUGUUGGGGAGUUGAACCGGCACAUGUUGCAUAAUUUUUUUUAUUGGUAUAUAUCUAAUCCUGAGUGUUAUAAAGCUAAACGAGUGCCUUGUUGGCCAGGCAUGGUAAUCUACUGUUGUUCCUUUGUGGGUGGGUGAUGGACAGGGCACAAUAAGGAAAUUUUUUUUGAGCAACCAAAAUAGUGAAUACAUUUUUGAGUUCUCAGGGUUUUUUUGUUUUAAAGAGGGGGUGCUUGGAGAGAGAAGUCCGGGUAUGAUGUUGGACGUCCCAAAUUCUGUAGAGUUUUGAAAUGGAAUCCAGCAGGUGUUAGGCACACUUAAUUGGAUUAGUCUUUGUACCUACGGAGCUGCCUUUUUCCAAAUUGGACAAUAGAUCCAACUGGCUUGGUAUUGUCUACACUGACAGGUAGCAGCCUUCCAGGUUUUCAGGCAGGGGACUUUUGUAGCCUUACCAAUAGAUGGAUUGACUCCCAGUAUGUUUCCGAGCACAAUUCAAAGUGUUGGUGCUGAACUUUAAAGCCCUAAAUGGCCUCGGUCCAGUAUAUCUGAAGGAGCCUCUCCACCCUCACCGUUCUACCUGGACACUGAGGUCCAGUGCAGAGGGCCUUCUGGCGGUUCCCUCACUGCAAGAAGCCAGGUUACAGGGAACCAGGCAGAGGGCCUUCUCAAUAGUGGCACCCGCCCUGUGGAACACCCUCCCACCAGAUGUCAAAGAGAACAACAACUACCAGACUUUUAGAAGACAUCUGAAGGCAGCCCUGUUUAGGGAGGCCUUUAAUGUUUGAUGCAUUACUGUAUUUUAAUAUUUUGUUGAAAGCUGCCCAGAGUGGCUGGGGAAGCCCAGCCAGAUGGGUGGGGUAUAAAUAAAUUAUUAUUAUUAUUAUUAUUAUUAUUAUUAUUAUUAUUAUUAAACCUGGGACUUUAUGCAUGCAAAGCAGAUGCUCUACCACUGAGCUAAGGCCCCUUCCUUGUAUAAAAAGCAACCUCAAGAUACAGAGGCUGCUGGGACAAAGACCCGAUAACGUCUCUCCCUCUCCUCCCCGCUUCUCAUUUGUUUUCAAUAUACAUGAGUCCCUGGUGAGGCAGAGAUUAGAUAUAAGGAGAUACAUGAGAGUCUUUAUAUUAGUCAAGCUGGAGUGUGAGUUUAGUUGAUGUGGUAGGUAAAAAACAACCAUAGAAAUCAAAUUGGGUAGUAUUUCUUCAUGGCUGAAGGGCAAAACCUGCAUUUGUUUAAUUCCUGAAGGUAACUCAAACCUCUGGGAAUAAACAUGCCUCAUACUGGCUUUACAGGGAAAGUAGAUAAGGAAAUGCUAUUUAAAAAUGGGUUAACGUGCAAAGCAAUUCUUUGGGAAGUUGUUUCUCAAAACCAACUUUUUUUCCUCACCUGUUACUUCCAAACGAAAAGAUGCUCGCUGAAAAGAAUGGGAUUUUCUCCUCAGUUUCUUUACUUCAGAGUUGAUACCUGAUUUGGUAAAUUGAUGCCUGUUGGCAGGGCCGGCCUUUUUUUUCUUUUUUUGUAAGCCACUCUGGGAGUGUCCUGCUUGAGCUCCAUGGAGGAAGGGCAGGGUAAAACUGUAAUAGACUGUUCAAUUCAUAAUGUUAUCCACAGUGGUGGAUAGUGGUGGAGAGAUCAAUGUGCAGAGGGUUGUCUUACCGUCAUUUUCUCUCCCUUCCUACUAAGAAAAGCCAAAAUCUGUUUCUCUCCCCCUCCCGCCAGAAGCUUGGCUCUGCCCUCGCCGGUCCUGGAAGGAUCCUUUAAAAAAGUCCCACAUGCUCAGAGACUUUGCACCUGUUCAUUGGGGGAGAUAGGAAGCCCAGAGCACUUGUUCUUUAGAUGUCCCUUUUAUGAAGAGGCACCUAGUAAGACCAUUGAUUGCCCUUCUGGUGAGGCUCACUGACCUGGAAAAGCAAAAAAUUGGCCUUUUCCUGCUAGGCAAAGAUCAGAAGACGACCCGGAUGGUCGCCAGAUUCUGUGUACUGACCUGUAGGCGCAGACCAUCUCCCGACUCAAACUAGUCCUUUAAGAAAAUCCCCAAACUCGGUUCCAUGGGUGACUCUGGGUCAGCUCUCUGCGGUAGUUUAUCUUAAAGUUUUAAGUGUCUAUACGCUUAUCGCAUUUAUAAAUUUUAAAUUUAUUGUUGUGCAUUGUUUUAAUUGUUUGUUUUCCUUCUGGGACUGUACCCCCAAGUGUGCUUUAUAAGCUGGUCUCCAACCGUAAUAAAUUAUCUAUCUAUCUAUCUCCCCCUCCCCCCUUUUCUGACCUUUUUAGGACUGGGCAAGGCUUCCAGCAUUAAGCCCAGCGCUCCUGCGGCACCACCUGCCUUUACGAUCUUUGAAGACGAGAAUGCAGAGUGAGUUGAACUGUUUGCAACACCUGUGUAUAGGAGCCAGUGGCACUAUGUUAUCUCAGAUAGCCUCUUGCAGCCAUCUUUGGGCUACUCUCAGUUCAGGCAAGAAGUCUCACCGCUGUUUCUUUCAGUGUUACGUACGCUGCUGUGCACCUCAGAGUGGUCCAAAAGUGUGUGAUGCUGCCACACUGCUAAAGCUACGUAAGGAUCAGACUGAUCAUUACCUAGAUAGAAGGUUGCCUGGCAGUUCUCUAGAAUGGUUCUGAGUUUCCUGAAGAAAGAGCAGGGUAUGUAAAAUAAAAGGAGACAGAAGGAAUUAACUCUUCUCUUUCGCAUCUUGUUGAUACUUCCCAUAGUGAAUCUCUUUAGUCUGUUUGGCAUGACUAAAGGGUUGAGGCCAAAUGACUAGACACCUUACUCUGGCAUUUCAGAUGGGGCUUAAAAGAACAUGUGAGGAAGUGUGAGCAUGCCCAAGUCUCUGAGCUGCACGUAUAAGCAUGUAUCCUCGUCACCAUUAGCAUGUUCCGCGCCUGCAGUGAGGAUGUCAGGUUCAUAUUUACUAAAAAGGCAACAAAAUGAAGUUGUGUGACUUACAAACCUGGCUUGUCGAGAACAGUGGCCAUUUUGGACCGUCGUUCAUUCUCUGUGUGAAUUGCUCUGCCCGAAAGAUUUGCUCCUGAAUUGAACUUUUCCUUUCAGUGUUCCCGUGCAUCCCCCAAAGUUGACAGGAUCCAAAGUCUUUGGAGAACGUCCCACAGUCAGCUGUGCUGCCAAAUCAGCAGUAAGUGAAUGGCAUUUAUAACAGAGACAUAGAUCAAGGAGUUCGAGAAUGCAGGAUUCUUCAAGUGUUUUGAGAGAAUUCUCCCAGUCGUCUUCCCACCCUACAUAGAGCCUUGUUGGAAUUAUGCUGCCUCACCCCUGGGGCAAGCUUCUUCCUUACUACUGGGUGUUUGUAAAUUAAGCUUCAGAUCUGUGUAGGGUACAAAGUGGGCUGCCACAACCUGUGCUGACCCCUCUCAACCUGUCUCCCCCACUCCCUCUCUGUGUCAACCUUUUUAUUUUUCUUGUCUUUUGUUGUUUCUGUUAAACAAAGGGGGAAAAACUAAAUAAAAACCUUAAUUGAGAAAGAGCUUGCGUUGUCAGAUGACUAAAGAAACCAUUGUUGAUUGAUUGUGGAGUUUUAGUUGAUUUAUGUAUUGCUGCUUAAAUUUGCAUAUGAGGAAAAUCAAACAUUUUAAAGAAAGUGUUUGGAUGUGGCACUCAUGUGUCUUAGUAUGUGUUGUCUUAGGAGAGGAUCAACCCAACGAUGGUGAGCCAAUAGCCCUGUUGGACUACAACUCCCAUCAUCCCUGACGGUUGGCCAUGGUAGCUUGGGCUGAUGAGAGUUGUAGUCCUAAACAGCCUUGGCUCCGAUGCUAGCGUCCAACUCUGAGGGCCUUCUGGCGGUUCCCCCACUGUAAGAAGUGAAGUUAUAUGGAGCCACCCUGUGGAAUACCUUUCCGUCUUAUGUCAAGGAGAUAAAGAACUAUCUGACUUUUAGAAGACAUCUGGGAAGUUUUUAAUAUUUGAUGCACAGUUGUGUUUUUAGACUAUGUUGGAAGCUGCCCAGAGUGGCUGGGGCAAAUAAAAUAAAUUUUAAAUAAAAUAAAUGAAAGCCCUGGUGGGCAAUAUAACAGGACACCCAGCUAUGUUCACUUUGUGAGGGCAUGCAAUUGUUGCAAGAGUUGAUUGUUCCUCUCCCGAUUGCCAAACUGUGGUUUGGUGUUACAUCUGAAUGUAUUUGUUUAUGUGCACAUGGCCUCACAAACUCCUUAUGUGCAUAUCAUCACACAUUUGCUAUGUGCACCUAGCCCAUAGCUGUCAAUGUUUUCCUUUUAUAAGGGAAAUUCCCUUAUUCCAAAUAGGAUUCCUCGCAAGAAAAGGGAAAAGUUGACAGCUAUGACCUAACCUCCUGCAUCAGGGGAGAUGACACUUGUAAAUCUUCUGCUAUUGCCAAACAAAAUAAAAUCCGGGGGUGGGGUGGGGAUUUUCCUUUAUAUGUCCCUAACUUUUGGGAUGUGAAAUUCUGCUUUCUGCUUUGAAUGGAAAGGUGGAUGUAGCUUGUGUGUUGCUGUCUUUAGGAGGUAAAUCCGCCAGCGGAGGGCCUGAAGGAUGACUGCACCGUGUGGGCUAAUUUCUGCAACAAGACCCUGGCUCCUACUCCAGGCAGCACAGGAGAUUUUGCUUGUGCUGCGCAACUUGCCUCUACGCCAUUCCACACCAUUCCACUGUCUGCCUGUCAACUGACUCAGGGUAAAGUUUCUGUCCCAGGAGGAAGAUGUCUAAGAAUACAGGGCUGUAAAAAAUGGUCUUCCUAGGCGAACUUGCCUGACUAUAAGCACUUUAUUGCUAUCCAUUCUGCAUCUAACGAGAAAAUGCCAGUUAAGCUUGGUUUGCACCGGUUAUGUCGAAACCUGGGUGGGAUUGUGUUAGUUUAUGAGUCCUGACUUCCUAGGGAGCGACCUUGGUUUCAGAUGCAAAGCCGAGCUUAAUUAUGGCUUUAUGGUUUGUUUCUCCCAGUUGCACCAGAGAAUGCAAGAUUCAGCAGUAUAACACCAGCUUGCAGCUCCACUGGAUUCCUUAGUUGCCUUGUGCCCAUUUUAUAAGAAAGAAAAGGCGGGGUAGAAAAGGUUCAAAUAAAUAAAUGGCGAUGUUUCAAAUUAUAGGGAAUAAAUGUGUAUCCCAAAUGCUCAGUGUUUCAUCCCAGACCUUUGGCUGUCUCUCCAUGCCUUUUCUUUUGGUCCCUUCAUUUAGUCUUGUCUUUUCAAAUGUUGAUGAUGCCUGUCAAUGAGAAAAUAUUGUUAUUUCCCUGAUUUAAAUGGCUUAACCAGAAUCUUUUUUUCUCCUGAAGUAGUUGAAGACCCUUGGAGCAACAGCUUAAUUCACCAGCUUCUGCUUGGGCUGCCCAAGCCAAUCAGUGCCUACUCAAAUACUUUUGAAUGGGAAUCAGGUCUUCCAGUUCUCAAACCGAAAGCUGAACUCAAAUUGGGUAAGACCUGCAUACAUACUAUACUUGGUUUCCCCCCACUUAUGUCAGUUUAAACUGUGUGAUGUGGACAGAGGUCUGAAAGAAGUAGUCAGUUUGCAUUCACUGGAGGAUGCCAGACAGAAAGUGAGAAGCUGGGACUUGCAUUUUGCAAGAAUAAUGAAGUCUUGGGCUUUUUUUACUCCAAAGCAAAUGUUUUUGCAGAGCCAGCCCUAUUGUGCAUCACUGUCUGCCUUGCACAAUACUAAAUCAGGGGUCUUCAGAUGUACAGGAUAUGGUGCAGAAUUCAUCAUCCUGAGAAAUUAAGCUUUCAUGGAGUUGCUUAAUUCUUAAAAAAAAAAAGUAGUUAGCUCUUAUAGCAGCUACAAUGCAUGCUUGAAAAUGUGUAGGUAGUUCCUGUAUCAAUCUCUGAAGUCACGAGACUCAAGACAAUGUACAUACCGAGGUUUCCAUAUGGUUCCCUGUCCACACGCAGACCUGCUUGACCUGUUUCAUGCACCUUCAUACCAGUCUCUGGGACCUUGGUUCCAUAGAAUUCCUGGAGGGGGUACCACUGUCAGGCCAGAAAGUUAGCACAUGAGUUUGAAAUGGGUCAUUUCUGCUGUAUUCUAAUUCCUUUUCUACGUUUCCUCCUCUUCUUUCUCCUUGCCACUUGCUUAGCAACCACAUCCUUUCAUGUUGACUGCUUACUGGGAGAAGGAGCUUUUGCACGCGUCUAUCAAGCGUCUGUCCUUGAUAUGGACAACACAAAAAAUAAUCGGAAAGUCAUACUGAAAGUAAGUGGGCUUUGGGCUUCAGUGGCUUAUCUGAAAACAAAUGCCGUCUCGUACUGCUGUUGUUUAAAGGUCAGAUGUGGACGCUUCCUAAGCAGACUCUUCUGUCUUCAUGUACUUAAGCUUAUAAAGAGUUUAAAGGUUAAGACCAGGAACUAUACUGGGAUAAGAGAGUGUUGGGUUGCCACUUGCUCUGUAUGUUUCACACAGAUGGGUUGAUCCAUGGUACAAGAGACACUUCUGUCCUGUGGCCAUUGCACCUUUUGGCAGAAGGUCCUAUCUGUAAUGGGAUUUGCCAUAAUUUUUAUUUUAGUGAUAAUUGUGUCCACCCUGCCCUUCUCCAAUCCGCUCCCCAACCCCCACCAUUCAGGCAAGUGCCUAACAUGGAUUCAGGAAGUCACUUUUUCCUGUAGUGAUGGUGGGUUUUUCCUGCAUGUUGCUCCUCCCACUCUCCCAUGAAUCUCCUCUACCCUGACCCUGCUGAAAAUGAACUCAAUGUGGUUUGUCCAAUGUUCUCUUUUCCUUCAGUGGAGAAGGAGAUCUAUACAGUAGAUGAGUGGGAGGAGCAAGCCUUCCUUGGGUCUCCUCCAUUCGCUGCAGAAAAUGAACUUGCCCUGGGCAAGAGAAAGCGACUAAUAAAUUCAAUAAAUAAUACCGUAUUGGCCCAAAUAUAAGCCGCACCUUUAAAAUUCAAGGGGGGAAAAGACAAUACCCGAAUAUAAGCUGCUCCCUUAAAAUUCCGCACUCGCACCCAUUCCGUUUUACUGUAUGUCUGUUUCAGCAGUGAUAUCAUAAAAGCCAAUUUUUGUAAGGUUGCGAAUUCAAGCUGCACUUUAACUUUCCAUAGUCAGAAUUUGGAAAAAAAAGUGAGGCUUAUAUUUAGGCCAAUAUGGUAAUAAUAAUUACCCUAAAAGUGUUUGUGCAUUUAUUUGCAGGUGCAGAAGCCAGCAAGCCGCUGGGAAUUCUACAUAGUAGCUCAGCUAACAGAAAGGCUUAAACCAAGCUUGCGCCAUCUUUUCAUCCAGUUCUAUUCUGCUCACUUUUUCCACAAUGGAAGCAUUUUAGUGGGUGAGCUUUACAGUUACGGGACUUUGCUGGUGAGUGUGGUCUGGGUAUCAAUGAAUGUUAGCUUUACUGCGGGUGGUCUUGGUCCAAAUCGGGGAUAUAGGACUUUUUCCAGCCUGUGGGUCACAUAUACAGUGGUACCUCGGGUUAAGUACUUAAUUCAUUCUGGAGGUCCAUUCUUAACCUGAAACUGUUCUUAACCUGAGGUACCACUUUAGCUAAUGGGGCCUCCUGCUGCAGCCGCGCUGCCCCCAUGCGAUUUCUGUUCUCAUCCUGAAGCAAAGUUCUUAACCCGAGGUACUAUUUCCGGGUUAGCAGAGUCUGUAACCUGAAGCGUCUGUAACCUGAGGUACCACUGUACCAUUCUGGGCAAGCUUCUGGAGAUCACAUGCCAGUAGUGGGCGGGGUCAAAGGCAAAAGUGGGCGGAGCAGUAAAUGUGAAACUCGCCGUUGUACAGUAGGCUAGCUUCUGCACACACUUGUGUACCCCACUCUGUCCUCCAUCCAGGCAAGCAAGAAACCUUAUCAGAGAUCAAGGGCAUAGUCUAGCCAGGCAAAAACACUUAAGGAAGGGCACAAAGCAGGGUCAAUCAAGGAUGUGUCCUAGGGAAGAGUCCCAAGGGCCAGAUAGAGAGGUGCAGAGGGUUGUAUUUGGUUUCCUAUCUUUGGUCUAGCAUGUUCAUGUACAGCUUCCAUUGUAGCCUGGCUGUAUGCAUGUUUAUGCAAACGUUCAUUGAAACAUGCUCCUUGGUUCAGCAUAUGUAGGAUUUCAGCCUUAUGCCUAAAUUUGUCCACUCAUGGCUAGGAUCGUUCAUAAGCAUCUUCUCUUCCCCACCCCCAACUCUCUCAACUUCAGAACACCAUAAACAUAUACAAAAAGCUGGUGGAGAAAGUGAUGCCCCAAGGGCUUGUUAUCUACUUCACCAUACACAUUUUGCGCAUGGUCGAAGAGCUUCACAGCUGUGGGAUAAUUCAUGGCGACAUUAAACCCGACAACUUUAUUUUCAGUGCAAGGCAAGUAUUUCGCUUGUGAGUUGUUUUACCUUUUUUUAAAAAAAACCAAUCAAAAUAACCUGCCUUGCCGUAUUGGAAAUAAUGGUUCGAUUUCUUUGAAUCGCAAAAGGUUUUUGGACGAUGACACCUGCGAUGUGGAUAGCGUGUCUCAUGGCUUGACCAUAAUUGACUUUGGCCGAAGCAUAGACAUGAGCCUGUUCCCUGCAGGAACUGUAUUCACAGGAAAAUGCAAAACAUCUGGAUUUCAGUGUAUUGAGAUGAUGACAAACAAGCCUUGGAAUUACCAGGUAUGAAGCAAAUGCAUGGUUUUUGUCUUUGUAUAUGCAGUCUGGGACAUAUCUCAGGGGUAGAACAUCUGCUUCCAGGUUCAAUGUCUGGCAUCACCAGGCAAGGAAUAUCUCCUGUCUGAAAGCCUGAGAGAGCUGCUGCCGGACAGUGUAUAAAGGUAAAGGGACCCCUGACCAUUUGGUCCAGUCACGGAUGACUCUGGGGUUGCGGCUCAUCCCACUCUAUAGGCCGAGGGAGCUGGCAUUUGUCCGCAGACAGCUUUCCAGGUCAUAUGGCCAGCACUAAACUCAGUGGCCAAAAUUUUUGACUAGGUAUAAAGCAGCAACAUUGGUGACAGACGCCACACAAAUUAAAAAUCUAUUGGUAGCCAUUGGGUCUUCAUUUCAAUCAGGACUUGCGGCUCACUGCUUUUGGAAGGCUGGUGGUAUGCAGAAGUACUAAAAAAUAUCAUUAACUUUGAACGUUCAGAGUUCACACUAGGCGGUGUGUUGGUUAGAAUGCUGGAUUAGGACUAGAGACCCGAGUUCAAAUUCCUGUCCAGGUAUGAAUCUCACUGGUUGACCUUGGCCAGUCACCAACUCUCAGCCUAACCCUACCUCACAGAACUGUUGUGAAAAUAAAAAUGAGGUGGGGGAGAAAAUUUAUGUGCCACCCAGAGCUCAGUGGCAGAAGGGUGAGAUCUGAAAAAAACAAAACGCCACACCAAACUGUAAGAUUAGAUCCUGAAAACUACAUACAGCAGUUCAGAAGCACGGGCUAGUUGAGGAUCACCUGAAACUUUGAGGAAUAUAUUAAUUUUUCCUUCCUGUGUAGCUGUGAAGCUUUCUACAAACAUGUCCUUCUUUUUUAGACUGAUUACUUUGGUAUUGCUGCAACAGUCUACUGCAUGCUGUUUGGCACAUACAUGAAAGUGAAACAGGAGGAUGGAGUCUGGAAACCUGAUGCUGUCUUUAGGAGGUUGGUCAAGAACAAGUCUUUUUCCAAAAUGUCUGCCUUUGGGGUAAUGCGUAACAUGUCUAUGCACUUGCUACAUAUUCCUGUGCAGUCUGGGGGGGAUGUUCUAGGAAUUGUACUUCGUUCAUGCUGGGCAUUGGCUUUUUUUGGACAUCAUCAUCAUUGACCCACAGUAACUAAGCGCACUGCCUCAUAAACACCUAAGACUCAUCAGCAUCCGUUUAGGAGGCAAGAAUCUUUGAUAUCACUGGAACAGCGGGGGACAAGCUGCUUGUUUGCCAUUAUAGGUAAAGGUAAAGGGACCCCUGACCAUUAGGUCCAGUCGUGGCCGACUCUGGGGUUGCGGCGCUCAUCUCGCUUUAUUGGCUGAGGGAACCGGCGUACAGCUUCCAGGUCAUGUGGCCAGCAUGACUAAGCCGCUUCUGGCGAACCAGAGCAGUGCACGGAAACGCCGUUUACCUUCCCACCGGAGUGGUACCUAUUUAUCUACUUGCACUUUUGAUGUGCCUUUGAAUUGCUAGGUUGGCAGGAGCAGGGACUGAGCAACGGGAGCUCACCCCGUCGCAGGGAUUUGAACUGCCGACCUUCUGAUCAGCAAAUCUUCUGAUCAUUAUAUUGAUGCUUUAAUUGAGGAACCCUCAAUAAGACUUCAAGGCACACCAGUGAUUUGAAUACCAUUUAUAUAUUGAGCACUAUUUAGUAAGGUUAGCUAACGGUACACUGCUGUAGAGUUGGUCUCCUGAAACAGUUGUGGCAGCAAAUGCAUUGUUUCACUUGACUCCUGAACAGAGUUAGCUUCUCUCAUAAAAGCUGUGUUGUCAUCUUAUUUUGGUACCAUUUUUCUCUCUCUCUUUUUGGCGUCGUUUCCCCUUCCUCCCUUGCUACAGUACCAGUUUAAAAAGUUUUGCUCUAAUAACUCAAGGGGUGAGUGCUGAAAAGAUAGGAGGCAGAUUGGGGUCACUGAGAAACACGCCAGAGUACAGCAAAAAAACACAUUUCACAAAGCUUAAAGAGACAAAAUAAAAAAAUAGUUUUGCAACCACAAAACUCAAAGAAUUGCAGAAAAGCAGUUCAGGGAUUGAAUAUCCAGGAGGAGAGCAUGUUUGGAAGUCUGAAGAGGAAAUGGGGAUACAUACAUACAUACAUACAUACAUACACAUACAUAUAUAUAGUGAUCCGCUUUUGGCUGCUGCUCUGUUUAUUAUGUUGUCUUACAUUUUGUUGUUGUUACUUUACCCUGCGUGGGGGUAUAGUCAGCAAGGCAGCCUAUAAAUAACUAAAUAAAGAAGACUGCAGUUAAGCAACAACCAGUGAUGUCAAAGACCCUUGCCUCCUAGGCUUUAAAGGCCUGCUGGCAUAAAACACAUGUUCACCAGCUUCCUAAAUCAGAGGUUGCCUAUUGGCGCACUUGCCUGCACAGUGGUGCUUCCCCUCCCCUGACCGAAACUAGGCUUGAAAGAAGCAUUUUACUUUUACUCUUUUGCACUUGUGUUGGGUAGUAUCCUGGCUGCGUGUUAAAUGGGUGAAAACUUACCCGGUGACUAAUAAGACUUUGCUUGGUUGAGGGAGACCAACAUUGGUCUCGUGUCAUGAGAAAGUUUGAGCUUGUUAUAUUAGGACGCAGUGGGCAUUUCUAAUGAUGCCUGUAAAGUCUUUAACCUUGUGCUUAAUCUUCCAGGUUCCCGAAUGCAGAACUCUGGACUGAUUUCUUCUUCACCUUGCUGAAUGUACAAGACUGCAACCAUAUUCCUUCGUUGGGAGUGCUGCGGGCAAGAUUGAGAGACGUAUUUCUGAGCACUUGCGCCAGUAAAGUAGCAGUGCUCCGUAAAAGGCUUGCCGUGUUGCUGGUGGAAAACAAACAUUCACGGAAGUGAAUCUUGGGACUCCAAGGCCCACAAACACGCCUUAAUAGAGAAUGCUCCCCACCUUAUUGUAACUAUGAAUUUAAUAAAUUUAACAGUGCCUAGGAAACAUGUAUAGCAGCUUGGAAACUGGGUAGCUAAGAGAAUAGGGAAAGGAUUGAGAAUGGGACACCAGGGUACUAUGAUGAGUGGAUGGAGAAGAAUGAAUUAUAAAGGCUUGGGGAGAAAAAUCCAGUACUGUAACAGCUAAGAUGAGGAUGUUUAUAGAAGGGGGUCUAUUUUUAAUAUUUUUGAGCAAAUUUAACUAAUCAAAUUGUAAAUCAAUAUAGCCAAUUACAUUACAUAUGUAGAGCAGAGAUUUUAACUGCCAUGUUCUAGAAUGAGUUUUUCAGGCUCUGAACUGUUUACUAUGGUAACAUCCAAUCUUACAAGAACAGACUUCCUCUUCCUGUCCCCUACAUCCAAAUAAAGGAAUGUGGGUGGCACUGCGCUCUAAACCAUUUUUAAAAAUAAAUCAUUUUUAUUAGUUUUCCAAUAAGAACAUCCAAUUAACAAAUCUAUCAAAUCAUAAUCCAAUUAAAAAUACUUAAAAGAAAAAAACAGCCAAAUUACAAUCCAAAUUAAUUUUUCGGGCUUCCCAUAGUCUGGACCUCUGAAGUAUAUCUCCAAUAUUUUCAUUACUGCCGUCUUCUUGUUGUUCUCAUAUUUUCCACAUUCCGAUCUUAAUGCUUUAAAGUUCCCUGCCCCUGGCAGUGCGAUUCUCGCAGAAUGUGUUGUUUGAGCACAUGGGAACAGUGACCACGGUGCUAAGAAAAUCUAACAUGGUUUCAUUUGUCUUCAAAAGACAAACUGCCCCCAAAUAAGGGGGAUUUUUUAGAAAGGAAGUUGGGAGUUGUUGCAAAGCACAAUAUUAGAAGUUCAACUAGGGUGUAUACCACAGAUCAGGAAGGGAGCAGCAAGGCCAAGAGGAUGCUGGUUUAGUUAACAAACAGUCAAAGCUAUUGGAGGCAAGAAGGCAUCCUUCAAAAUAUAGAAGCCUCGUCCAAAUAUAUACAGAAACUUUAGCAAAAGAAACAAGCGGGAGCAUGUUGCUAAAAAUACUAAGAUCAACAACAAAAUGUUCUUUAAUAAAUUAGCAGCAGGAGCAUGAGUGUGGCUCAAUUAGUAAAUGCAGUUGGCAUGAAGAACUCUGUGUUGGAGCAGAGGGUACAAUCUGUUCCUCUGCAUCAUGCGACGUAUCCUGGAAUUCAAAAGGACCCUGAAGGUCGUUUAGUCCAACCUUCAAGACAGGAAUCUAUGGC